AUGGCCUUAGUUGGAAACAUUUUGCUGAUCUAUAUUCUGUACAAGAGCCCAGAAACAAGAAGAUUAACAAGCUUCAUGUACGUCAACCUCGCUGUGGCCGACCUGCUCGUAACAGCUGUUGUCAUGCCUCAGUCGAUGGAACUAAUCAUUUUGGAUAAUCUGUGGAUCGAUGGAACAUUUGGUGAAUUACUUGCCAAGCUCAUCAUGUUUGUUUUCUUCGUGGCUGUCACAGCGUCCGUCUUCUCUCUAACAGCCGUGGCUUUUGACUUCUUCUUCGGGAUUGUCCUUCCCAUGCAAAAGUUUCCUCGCUUUAGGAACAAAAAGAUCUUGGUUCUCACAAUUUGGAUCACUUCAAUGUGUCUGAUGACUCCAUGGCUGAUCACAGUCAAAGUUAGAACUCCAGGAUAG